AUGGACAACAGCGACCUCCACCUGCUGGAUAGAGUCAUACAGGAGCUGAGUCCAAACGUCUUAAUAACAAGUGCAAAACAAGAGCAGAGCUUGCUCGAGUUUAUCGAAAAGCUUGAAUUAAAUCCUGAAUAUAAGCCUGAAAUAGUCAUGUUUCCAAAUGCAAACUUUGGUCUGGAGAUCAGCAGACAGCGACUCCUCUCAGCACACAUCCCAUCUCUCCCUCCCACCAUCACAGAGAGCGAGAAAAUCCCGUAUCUCUCCUCCUGUAUCCCAUUAGACUCAGUGCUGAUGAUGAGGUCAAUAGGAGGGCUGUUGAAGUGUCUGGAGAGGAGGAGAGUUGGCUUAGACAUGGAAGACAGCAGUAUGGGCGUUCCCAUAUUGCAGUUUUUGGCUUACACACUGAAAGAUGUUGUGUACAUCGACAAAGACACAUAUAGUGCCCUCCAGAUCUUUAAAUCUGAGCUGCAUCCUUCCGUCUUUAAGCUCCAGUUAGGAGAGAAAGAAGGAUUGAGUCUUUAUGGUGUUCUUAAUCGAUGUCAGAGCAAGUUUGGCUCUCUGCUUUUACGGCAGUGGUUCCACAGACCUACUCGAGAUCUGAACAUCCUGAAGAGGCGUCAGGAAGUGAUGCGUUUCUUCACAGCCCCUCGUAACUUUGCUGAUCUUAACACUUUACAGAGUUGCCUGCGGAAUAUCAAGAACAUCUCGACGUUGCUGCAUAAAAUGUCUCGCUCUAACCCGAAGGUUGCCAUCUGGGACACUGUUCGCUCCAUGCCCCAGUGCAUCCAACUUUUCAGUGAAAUCACUCAAAACUUCUCCGAUGAUCUUUUCUACAUUGCCACAUACAUCAGUAAAGUGGUGGACUUUGAAGGAAGUAUAGCUGAGAACCGAUUCACUGUUAGGCCGGAUGUUGAUCCUGUUAUUGAUGAGAGAGAGUGGUUUUCCAUUGAUUUCUUCAGUUCUGAUGGAAUAGUAACUGAAGUCAUACAGGAGCUGAGUCCAAACGUCUUAAUAACAAGUGCAAAACAAGAGCAGAGCUUGCUCGAGUUUAUCGAAAAGCUUGAAUUAAAUCCUGAAUAUAAGCCUGAAAUAGUCAUGUUUCCAAAUGCAAACUUUGGUCUGGAGAUCAGCAGACAGCGACUCCUCUCAGCACACAUCCCAUCUCUCCCUCCCACCAUCACAGAGAGCGAGAAAAUCCCGUAUCUCUCCUCCUGUAUCCCAUUAGACUCAGUGCUGAUGAUGAGGUCAAUAGGAGGGCUGUUGAAGUGUCUGGAGAGGAGGAGAGUUGGCUUAGACAUGGAAGACAGCAGUAUGGGCGUUCCCAUAUUGCAGUUUUUGGCUUACACACUGAAAGAUGUUGUGUACAUCGACAAAGACACAUAUAGUGCCCUCCAGAUCUUUAAAUCUGAGCUGCAUCCUUCCGUCUUUAAGCUCCAGUUAGGAGAGAAAGAAGGAUUGAGUCUUUAUGGUGUUCUGAAUUGCUGUCGGAGCAAGUUUGGCUCUCUGCUUUUACGGCAGUGGUUCCACAGACCUACUCGAGAUCUGAACAUUCUGAAGAAGCGUCAGGAAGUGAUCCGUUUCUUCACAUCCCCUCGUAACUUUGCUGAUCUUAACACUUUGCAGAGUUCCCUGCGGAAUAUCAAGAACAUCUCGACGCUGCUGCAUAAAAUGUCUCUCGCUAACCCGAAGGUUGUCGUCUGGCAAAGUCUGUAUAAGACGGUGUACAAUGCAUUGUGCAUUAGGGACACCAUUCGCUCCAUGCCCCAGUCCAUCCAACUCUUCAGUGAAAUCAGUCAAAACUUCUCCGAUGAUCUUUUCUACAUUGCUACAUGCAUCAGUAAAGUGGUGGACUUUGAAGGAAGUGUAGCUGAGAACCGAUUCACUGUCAGGCCGAAUGUCGAUCCUGUUAUUGACGAGAAGAAAAGAAGGAUGAUGGGUCUCCCAGAUUUCCUGACAGACGUGGCUCGUGCUGAGCUGGAAAAACUGGACCCUCGCUUCUCCACCUGCAGCAUAAUCUACAUCCCUCUGAUUGGAUUUUUACUGUCGGUGCCAAGAUUACCCACCAUGCUGGAUAAACAGAGCUUUGAGAUGGAGGGUCUUGAUUUCAUGUUCCUGUCAAAGGAUCAACUGCAUUACCGCAGUGCUCGAACCAAAGAGCUGGACAGCAUGCUGGGAGACCUGCAUUGUGACACCUUGGAUCUGGAGAUGGUGGUAAUGAGGAAGCUUCAGGCCUCAGUGCUUCAGCGGAGCGACUGUUUGUAUAAGGUCAUGUCUCUGUGUGCAGAGCUGGACUGUCUCAUUGCUUUGGCUCAGGCUUCUCUGGAUCACGGCUACUGCUGUCCAACCCUGACAUCAAACCACAGACUGGCCCUGAUUGAGUCACGCCAUCCUUUGCUGGAACUGUGUACUCCAGUAUUUGUGUCAAACACCUACAUCAGCUCUGAAACUGAAGGCAAAGUGAAAGUUAUUACAGGACCAAAUUCCUCCGGCAAGAGCAUCUAUCUAAAACAGGUGGGACUGAUUGUGUUCAUGGCGCUGAUUGGCUCAGAUGUUCCUGCUAAAGAGGCAGAGAUUGGGCUGGUGGAUGGAAUCUUCAGCCGCAUGCAUAGCCGUGAGUCUGUAUCAGUGGGUCUGAGCACCUUCAUGUUAGACUUGAACCAGAUAACAAGUUCCUUGAACCACAGCACUGGGGAUUCUCUUGUUCUAGUGGAUGAGUUUGGUAAAGGAACCAACACUGUGGAUGGAUUGGCUCUCCUGACUGCAAGUCUCAAUAACUGGAUGCGUCGUGGGCCGCAGUGUCCUCACUUACUUAUGUCGACAUGCUUCCACAGCCUCAUACAGCUGGGCUUGAUCUCUGAUUCUCCACUGCUGGAUUUACUGACUCUAGAGACAGCAAUAGAGGGAGAAGAGCUGGUGUUUUUGUACCAAGUGAAAAACGGCAUCUGCCAGUCGAGUUGUGCGGCUAAUAUCGCCACUCUGGCCGGCAUUCCCGAUGACCUGGUCAAGAGAGGAGUGGAGGUGUCAGAGUUAUACAGAACAGGAAGAACCAUCAGAAAGAUGAACAGCCCAUCUUCAGAUGAACAGUACAGCAGGUGUGUUGAGGUGGUGGAGAAAUUCCUCAGUAUUGAUCUGGAUGACCCUGAGCUGGAUCCCGAUUCUUACUUGAAAGAUGAGGUGCUCCCAACACUUGAAGAGGUGCUGUGA